GAGAGGACCGUUUUACCUUUCGUACUUUGUGUGCGAGUGGUAACCCGGCUGCUUCUGUUCCGGGUGCAUGACGUUCAUGUUCAGCGACCUAAAGUGUUGUGCGCUGGAGAUUGGGUCUUAUCCGUUGCCUUUGGAAAGGAAUAUAGAAUAUCCGGUUAUUACUCUUAGAUAUCAUGUCAGGCAGCUUCUAUUUUGUGAUCGUGGGUCAUCAUGACAAUCCAGUGUUUGAGAUGGAAUUCCUUCCACCAGGAAAAACCGAAUCAAAGGAUGACCAUCGGCACCUGAACCAGUUUAUAGCUCACGCUGCUCUUGACCUAGUCGAUGAGAAUAUGUGGCUGUCUAACAACAUGUAUCUGAAGACCGUUGACAAAUUUAAUGAAUGGUUCGUCUCUGCUUUUGUUACAGCUGGACAUAUGAGAUUUAUCAUGCUCCAUGACGUACGACAAGAAGAUGGCAUCAAAAACUUCUUUAACGAAGCUUAUGAUUUAUAUAUGAAGUUUGCCAUGAAUCCAUUUUACGAGACAAAUACCCCAAUACGAUCAACUGCCUUCGAUCGCAAAAUCCAGUUUCUUGGCAAAAAACACUUGCUGGGCUGAACGAAAAAGCAGAGUGGCAAAGCAAUUAACUCUGACUCUACGGGGAGGAGUAAUUUAUUCCCAUGUUGACUGUGGCCGAUCAGACUUCUGCAUUGCACCACUUUCCAGCAGGCAGAUGCUCGGAGCAUUGUGAUAGUGUGUGAGCGUGUACAUAUACAUGUAUAUAUAUUUACCUUACCAACUUCUGUAUGAUGUGACCUUCCCUGUGUAUGUAGAAAACUGUUUUCUGUUCUAAUUUGCCUUCAAGUACUCCUUGCUUAAUAAAAGGAAAAGAUCAGGGAAA